UGUUAUGUAAUCUUCAGAAACAUGGCCGCCCAGGUGAAGCUUUGAUUAUAUGUUUCUUAUCCAUUUUGAAAUAGACAGCCAACUUUCUUUAUUCUCAAGAGCAUAGAAUAGAGAAAUGUUUCACAGCAAAAUGUUGAAUAUUCGAGCAAACRUUCAGCGGAUCCCAACUUUGGUUUUGUUGAAAAAUCUCCGACGAUACAAUUCUAGUUUGUGUGAAGGACCUUUAGGAAUAUACAGUUCCUACCUUAACAGAAACAUCCUAAAACCUGAUGAACAUCAGCGACAAGCUGUCUUAAAGCUGCAGGAUUUGUAUGAUAGGGUAAAGCACUACGAUCCUCAAGAAUCGCAUCAAAAGUAUCAAGGUGCUGUCCCCAAAGGACUAUACCUAUAUGGUAGUGUAGGUAGUGGUAAAACAGCCUUGAUGGAUAUCUUCUAUGAUUCAAUACCCACAAAACACAAAAAGCGCGUCCACUUCUAUUCUUUCAUGCUUCAACUUUACUCUGAACUUAAUCGUUGGAACUUGUGCUGUUCAAGUGAUGAGAGUACCUUUGAUACCACACCUAUAGAAACCCUUGCCAACCAWUUAGCAGAUCAAGCCUGGUUGCUAUGCUUUGAUGAAGUACAAGUCUCUGAUUAUGGUGCAGUGCGUCUGUUGGAAGGGGUAUUUCAACAUAUGUUUGACAAAGGUCUUGUUGUGGUAGCAACAUCCAACAGGUCGCCUACUGAUCUAGGAGCUUCAUCAUUUGGCCGUGAAUCAGAAGCACAAGAAUCUAUUCUAUCACUCAUGGGUUUACUAAAGGAAAAUUGUGAUGAAGUUUCAUUGGAUACAGGUUUAGAUUAUCGAAAUGCACAAACACUUGGCAAGAAGACCUACUUUCAUCCACUCAAUGAGCAAACUGAGGAAGUCUUUAAUACAGCAUUUUGUGAAGCAGUUGGUCCUGGAACAAGACUUAAAAGAACAGCACUGCAAGUUUAUGGCCGCCAUGUUAUUGUGCCAAUAGCUUCAACAAAUGGUGUUGCAAGAUUUACUUUUGCUGAACUUUGUAAAGCUCCUCUUGGUCCUGCAGAUUACAUCACUAUCUGUAACGCUUAUCGCACCAUAUUUGUGGAGGGAAUUCCUCAGCUGAGCAUCUACCAAAAGAAUGAAGCCCGCCGGCUUUUAAGCUUUGUUGAUGCUGCAUAUGAAAGUAGGGUACAACUUUACUGUACAGCAGAGUCAGAACCAAAGGAACUAUUCCAGCUUAUUCCAAAAGAAAGUAAAUCUUCAUACAACGACAAAAUGCAUUUAGAGAUGAUAGGAGAAAUGGCAUACGAUCUACAACUAACCAAUCUCAACUUGAGGUCUCUGGGGAUUCUCACUGGUGAAGAUGAAAUCUUUUCAUUCAAGAGGUGUAUAUCCCGUUUAAAUGAAAUGCAGGGUAAUUUGUACCAGCACUGUCAGCACAGACAGCAGCAGUUUACUCCCUAUGUGGGCACAUCUGAAGAGCAGAAUGCUUCUGAACACCGUAGAAGGAAAAGGGAGCAUAAAAGGAAAGAAUAUUUAUUAGAAAAGGAUCAAGAAGAAAAUCAGAAUGAAUCUGAGGACCUUCCACGCACUCCACUAACGUCAGGAUCUUCGGACUGGGGGGAUGAAGCGAGUUACUUGUCAUGGAGUAAUGAUAUAAUGAGAAAGGAACUACGUGAUUUAGAAAUGGCAAAGGAUGAGAAAAGACGCAUGGUGUCCAGAAAGCAAGCUCCUAAGUUUAAUGAACAGCAUUUUUGGGGAUUUGGAUGGUGGGAAAACAUUGUUGGGCCAAGAAAAAACAAAUAAUUGAGUAUUUAAGUCUUUCACUACAUUGUCUCUAAUAAUCAAACAGAAUUUUAAUACAAAUAUUUUAACAUUUGAUACCAUACAUUUUGGCUUGAAAAUAAUUUCAAGGUGAUGUGCUACUGUAACAAAAUGUGAAUCUACAUUGUAUGUACAUGUACCAUAUAUGUAGUGUGUUAAAGGUUGUGUCUGGUGUUCCUAUUACAACAACUGACAAGAAAUAAACAAAUUGAAAACUA